AUGUCUUUUUCUUUCUCUUCAGUCUACCAAAUACCAAUGCUAGUUCAUUCUAUCAGGCCCCGCUCUUUUUAUUUUUACCCGACACAAAAUCACGCGACGCCAAAGCUAAAUAAAUUAAACUCAACAUUUUAAUUCCAUUUUUGUCUCUCAUUUCACACUAUCCCUCUUCUCUCUCCUUCACCGACCUUCAAAACUGUUUUGCAUCAGGUUUAAUGGAGAGAUUAUUUUCGAUUACAAUCAUUACAUUGCUAAUUUUGCUGGUAAUUGUUGUCGGAGAAUCGCGGGAGCUUCGGCCAUCGGAGCAUGGAUUGCCAUUCCAGAACCUCCCUGAGAAGUCGCCGGAUAUGGUGGUAUUUUUCGGUGACCAAGACUCACCGCCGGAGAAAAAACCUCCGGCUAUUGUAGGCAGUAUGAACGAAACGGCGUCGUCGGACACGUGGUGGAGAGAGUCGCCGGGGAAGAGAAAAGAGAUAAAACUGAGUAAGGCGUUGAUGAUUGCGACGGUGGUUUGUGGAUGUAUAGGUGUCGUGUUACUAUUGGCUGCGGCAUUUUUGUUUGCGCUUAAUUUUUAUAGGCGUAUAUCGGAAGCAUCGUCGGCGUCAGCGGUUGCUAGUGAUAAUGUCAAUCACUCUGCCUCUGUUUCUGCCGUUACUGUUGAUAAUGCCACUGUUCCCAAUAAACAGGAAAUUUAAUUUUACAUUUGUUUUAUAAUACCAAGUAAUUAAUUUUAUUAUUGUAAUCCGUAUUUGUUUGUUAGAGUCUUAGAGAUGUUGGUGUUUUUUGUGGAAUGAAAUGCUCAAAAGAGUUGUUAAUUUGAGUCACUCGAUUGAGUAGUUUGGUGGCCAUCAUGAGCGGUGAGCCACUGGUAUACUGGUA